AUGCGUAUUCAAACCACCAUAAAUUACGUAAGAUUCGUGGAUGAUAAUGCUCAAUUAAUGAAGAAAGCCACUGCACAAUUAGAGAGCGAUAAGGAUUUCAUGUUUACCACAAAGCAAUUCAAGAGAUGGAAGAAAGGUAAUAACAUCUCAAAUGAAGAUGAGGUACUGAUAUACAAGGAAAAUGGUCCAGAAGUUAUGUUAUUAAGACUAACUCAACUUUGGGACUAUAUCAUUGAUACGGUGAAAUGGAAUAUGCAACAGAUCCCUCAGCCGAACUUCUUAGGCGCUCUGGAAUAUAUCGUCAGCUUGAACGAUAGGAUUCAAGCAGUACGCUCAAUGCAAAAAGAACUGCUAGAGAUAGCACGAUCCAUUACCCUCAAAGUUAAAUGCUAUCGUGAGUUGACCCGACUACCAUUUUUCCCUGUUAACGCUGCGGAUGUUAUGAUUGAUGUUUAUAACCAAGCAGCUAAGGAUGACUUCAAUGAGGUUAGAACUUAUUUAUAUUGUUUUUCUGUUAUAGGAAGCUAUACCGAUUUCUACAAGCUUCAUAGGGCUGUAGAAAGACGAUAUCCCCUCUAUGAGCAUAACUCUGGAAAGAGAGCUUUAUGGAAGGGAGUCUUAGACAUCAUAGUAAAAAGUUUUACAUGUCAUGUCGCAACUUUGAUUCCCAAGUCACGGGCUAUUGCUGAGCAAUUGCUCAGGGAUUUUGAUAGUUACUUACGAACUAAUGUCCAUAGGAUGCCAUCCACUACUCCAGCAGCGCCGGUUCCUCCUUCAUGUGUGACAAGACAUCCUCCUUCAAAACGUAAUAGAUGGGCUAAACAUCGUGAUAUUCAUAAACAGGUAGCCCAAGUAGUUGUGAAUUUCGAAAAGAUGAUGCAAAGCCAUACGAUGAGUGCCUUGAUGAACUCCGUCAUGUCUGGUGCGAACGUUCCAAGUGCUGCUCCUGGCCUAGGAAGUGCGGCUUAUCCUUCCUUUUCCCCUCCUCAUUCUCCAGAAUUGUCUGAAGACUCUCCCGAGUUGCCUACCAUGCGAGAAAUUCGCAAAAGUCUCCGAGAAAUGAAGAUACCUGACAGCUUGGAUGAUAUACCAGCUCUCACUCACGAUACGCAUGAUGAAUCGCCUAGACGAACUCCAUCAAUUGAAAAUGAAGAAAACGAAGACAACGACCGAACGGAAUCAGAAUCCAAGCUAUAA